AUGUUUGUUCCCGAAAUCGUCAUCAUCCACAAAAUGUUCAAGCGCUUCCAGAAUCUCAUGCGACCUGGUGCGUUAUUGGUAGAACGCUUCCCGAAAAUCAGAUACCUCCCGGGAUACACAAUCGAGUUGGAGAAAUGGAAAAGGGAAGAGAGUGAGCUCUCAAUCGCGUUUCGAAAGAAUGGGCGACCGGCGAAGCUGGACUUUCAUUUUCUCGGUACCUUCUCGAGAAUCAGUCUUCGUACAAGCUUUCGGACGAAGAAAUGGCAUAUCUCGCCGGCGCAGGAGAAAGUGCAAGAGGAACUGGACACCAUCAUUGGUCGUGACAGGGCUCCCACGUUGGACGACUACGGUUCCCUUCCGCAGAUUGAGGCGUUCAAGUUCAUGCCGGAGUGUCUUCGCUGGAGGCCGGUGACAACUCUUGUAUUCGCCCACCGUGCCUUGACCGACAUCCCGCACAGAGACAUUUGCAUACUAGAAGGCGCUAUUGUCUUUGGCAACCACUGGUGCCGACUAAUGGCUAUCUCGCGCGACCCAAACGUCUACCCCAACCCUGACAAGUUUGAUCCUGAGAGAUGGCUCGACGGCGAUGGCAAAAUCCGGGAGGACCUCAAGUUCCCUUCAUAA